AAGUUACAUUCAGACACCACUGCCAGUUGAAAAUAAAAGUCUGAAACACACUAAACUGCAUGUAUAAAUGAUACAAUCCCAGAGUUUUAAUAUCAGCUUUAAAACAUUUCAACAUCCUUGAUUUCUUCAAUGAACAUUUCAGUUAAAAUCAUAUUAGCGUGAGUCACAGGUCAGUUCUGGUCGAACGUGCCGGGACGUGGCACAUGCUUAACAGUUUAAUGGGAGCCUGAGAUGUUUAGUGUCCGGGAAUAGCAUGAAUGAUUCCACCACUGACUGCUCCAGCUGUCUGUUGAUGGUGGAGAUGUGUUAUCCACACAGUCGGUUACAGAACCACGGAGUCCAAUAUGGUUCUAUCGGAAUCCCAUGAGUAAAAUGGAAGCGACGAUGAGUGCGAACAGAGCAGCCGCCUCCACAAUAUCGUCCGCCUUCUUCUCCCCGACUGAUUCCUGUUUCUUCUUCAACAGCUGCUCCCUGCGGAACCUGAGGUCUUGCUCUCUCUGCAGCUGCUCCCCAUAGUGGGACUUGUAGAACUUGUCAAAGUUGAACAUGUCACUCGGAUUCCCCGUCCCCAUCACCGAGUGGCGACCGCCGCUUGGCGAUUUAGUCGGACCCGAACUGCUGUCUUUGGUGUGAGGUCUGGCUGCAGAGGUGAGGUCCAUCUGGCUCAGGAGACCGCGGUCAUACUUCUUCCGGAGCCCUUUGUUGCCCAGAACCGUGUAGGCUUCACUGAUCUCGGAGAACCGUGCGGUCGCCUCGUCGCUCCCGGCGUUUCUGUCCGGGUGGUAGAUGAAGGACUGUUUGUAGUAGGCGGUUUUGAUUUGGGCUUGAGUGGAAGUCGGCGGCACCUCCAGAAUCUCAUAAUAGGCUGUUUUACUUCGGUACAAAGGCGCCUCUCUGGUCCCGUUGCCACUGUAGGCGCGUAUAAACAACAAAGCGCGAGCCUCGGCACUUCUUGGCGACAGAAAGUGGCCAGCGCACCGACACCCGGUGCCGUGUUUACAACCCCGACUUGUGUAACAGCCUGGCGGCGAAACUUCAGCGGUCACCUCCGUAGCUCCGUCCACUCGUCGGUGCUCAACAUCCGCGACGCAGGUCGACGCAGAGAGAGAAGCCGCGACGUGUGGAACACGACUCCUCAAAGUCCCUUGGAGAUACUGGUUAAAUAACAGAUUAGCAGCAUUAGCUCCUCUACUACAACUUGACCUGAGCUCCGCCAUCUUUGCGGAAGUCUUCUUCUCCCGUCCAUUCGAAGCUACUUUGACGGCAGCACUGCCACCUAUUGGUCAUUUCACACGUUUUAAUGUACAUCAAACUAUUAGACUUCGACUUCGUCAUUGCACAAAAACAUAUCGCUGUGUUAUGGUAACGAAAUUUCAGUCUGAGGCCUCCGGUUUUUUUUUUAUUUAUUGUUAGUAUUUAUCUGAUAUUUAUUUUGUUUGUCAGGUUGCUGAACGUCAGACAAACUGCAAUACUAUUUAUUUGUUUAUAUUUAGUGUAUAUAUAUAUAAACAGUAUUGUAGCUAUUGUCCAACGUUCAGCAACCUGACAGCACCAGGAACGAAACUGUUCCUGAAUCUGGUGGUUCUGCAUCGGAUGUUACGGAAUUAAUACGAUACAAUUCGAUUAUGCAUUAUUAGCUAUGUAUUUCACUGCAACACGCGCUUUCAGACUAAACAUUUUGUUCGGUAUAGAUGAUCGAGACUCUUAUUGUGAAUAUUAUUGUGAAAAGCAGGAGCGGAAAUCCUGGUGAGCACGGCGGCUAAAUCGCCAUCAAGACUGUCUCAACAAAAUGUCUAAAUUAAAAACAGUUAUUUGGCCUAAAAUCAUUUUGUUUGGGGAUUCGAUCACGCAGUUUUCCUUCCAGGCGAGUGGCUGGGGAGCAGAGCUGGCUCACAAACUUUCCAGGAAGUGUGACGUGGUAAACAGAGGCUUCUCCGGCUACAACUCCCGAUGGGCCAAGAUCAUUCUCCCACGCCUCAUCGACUGUCAGAACGCAGCAGGGGGCGACAUCGCCGCCGUCACAGUCUUUUUUGGGGCGAACGACUGCGCCCUGGAAGAUAAGAACCCUCAGCAGCACGUUCCACUCCAGGAGUACUCGGAGAACCUGAAGGAGAUCAGUGGCCUGCUGGCUGCUGCAGGAGUAACCCCGGAUAAGGUGGUUUUCAUCACUCCUCCUCCUCUUCACGAGCCAGCCUGGGAGAAGGAGUGCAUCCUGAAAGGUUCUCCGCUGAAUCGGCAGAAUCAGGUGGCAGGGCAGUAUGCUCAGGCGUGCGUCCAGGCUGCAGGCCAGUGUGGGUCAGACGUCCUGGACCUCUGGACGCUGAUGCAGAAGGACGGACAGGACUACAGUGUGUAUUUGUCGGACGGGCUCCACCUCUCGGAGAAAGGCAACCAGUUUGUGAGUCAGCAUCUGUGGGAGCUGCUGCAAGGCCGCCUGGAUGGUCUGCCCUUCAUCCUGCCGUACUGGGGCGACAUCGACCCCCAGAGCCCGGACAGUAGCCUCCUGAGCUGAAUCUGUGGACGCUUCCAUUUGAAUGAAGAGACAAGAGGGAGAUGAUGUUUGUGGAAGCUUGGAACAAUCCAUCGCCAUCUAGUGGUGGAAUGCUGGGACUGCAGCCAAACGGCAUCUUGUGCACGACUUCUUUACUGUUAAAUAAAGUCAAAUUGUGUUGUUUCAGAGGUGUUAUUCAGUAAAAAAUAAAAAAAAGGAAAUAGUUUUAAGCAAAAUCCAAAACACUUGAAAAAAAAAAUACAAUUUGAAAGACCAGCAAAAUAAUAAUGAAACAGUUUGGCAAUAAACAAACUAAAAGGACAUUGAAUGGCAGUUCAGUUGAAUCUUUUGUAGUGUGCGUGAUCUCCAUAAAAAAACAAAAAAACAAACAGAAUAAAAAAGUGCGACAGAGUUUAUUUUGAAAAACAAAAAUCACAUUUAAAAGUGACCAUGGUUGAUUGUAUCAGCUCACAUACUCGUCUUCAAGAGGUCUUGACUGUUGUUUACUGACCAAUAAAAAGUAGCAGGCAAAACUGGCGAGGUGGGUUUUUGCUCUGAUUGG